GCAUCAGCAUACCGGUUUUAAAAAGUCCAAAGCUUUGAAGUUUGAAAGGUUGAAUGAUGAUCAAGAAGGGCUAACUACUAUUGAUUUUAUCAUCUACAUUGUUCUUCCGAAAACUCAUUAGGUUCUAAUUACCGAGACAGUUGCGAUGAAGUGCUUUUGAGCUCCACUUGUCCGUUCAAAACUGAGAUGCCAGAACCAGCUCUUGGUUGGCCACUUCGCCGGAAACUUGAUAGCUUCGACAUGUUUUCCGAGAGAGAGGAUGAUGAAUCACCAUUGUCGAGGCCGGGUUGGCCGCUCUUGCGGAUAGCUGCUGCCUCAGCGGAAGCUAUGAGUACUACUCCUAUGAGAGAAUUUAAAUCCAGGGAAAAUAUGUCCGUGGUACAGUGGGUGAUGAUGGACCUGCCUAGCCGUCGAUUUCUUUCGGUAAAUUCACAGCCGCAGGAAGGUGAUGAAAAUUGCUUGACAGUAGCACCAACACAGCUUUCCGAUGAAUUGGAGAUUCUUGUUGCAGAAAACUCAGCAGGUUGCAGACUUUUCAGCUAUGCAGAAAUCAGUAGCGCAACUUGUCACUUCUCUGCAGAAAAUCUUAUCGGUGAGGGAGGGUGUAGCAGCGUAUACAGAGGAUGUCUCGAAGGAGGUGAAUCAGUGGCGGUCAAGGUUCUGAAAUCGUACAAGGAAGCUUGGGAUGACUUUUUCUUGGAAACCAAGUUUGCGUCUUCAAUUCAGCACAAACACAUCGCUUCUCUACUUGGUGCAUGUGUGGAAGAUGGCAACCUUAUUUUGGUAUAUGACCUCUUUCCCAGAGGGAGCUUGGAAGGAAACUUGUACGAUUGCAGUGAUGGAUGUAUACUCCCAUGGGAAGUGAGAUUCAAUGUGGCUGUUGCGGUUGCAGAGGCUCUAACUUACUUGCACAAUGAAUGCACUCAACCGAUCAUUCAUCGCGAUGUUAAAUCCUCAAACAUUCUUCUCUCCGACGAGCUUCAGCCGCAGUUAUCUGAUUUCGGGCUUGCUACAUGGGGACCGACGGAUUCUGGUUAUGUGAUAAGUAGUGAUGUGGUGGGGACUUUUGGGUACAUUGCUCCGGAAUAUUUCAUGCAUGGGAUGGUGAGUGACAAGAUUGAUGUUUAUGCCUUUGGUGUGAUUCUCCUUGAACUAUUAUCCGGUCGAAAGCCCGUAGAUGAGGCUUCGAAAGGACAAGAGAGUUUGGUCAAAUGGGCAAGAAAUUUGUUAGACGUUAUGGAUCUUAAAUCAUUGCUGGAUCCAAAGUUAAAUGGGGACUACGAUGUUGCCCAAAUGCGCAGAAUGGUAAUGGCAGCAGGGCUUUGCAUAAACCAGUCACCUCGUCUUCGACCGAAAGCGAGCCAGGUACUGAAGCUACUAACGGGAGAGACGGACGCAAAUGAGUGUUUUAAUCUUCAUGCUGUCAAGUCGAGAGAGAUGUGUUGUCGAGAUGAAGACGACGACCUAUUCCCGGAAGUCGGGUGGCGUUCGGUUUCUGCAAUGUCCGAUACAAAUGAUGGUAGCAUCAGCAGAUCGAGUUCAACAAACACAGCAUCUAGUGCAGAGAAACCACACCGAUACAAGUUAAAGGACUACUUGACUAUACCUGACCAUUAUUCUUUGAGUGAAAUUUCUUUCAUAAACAUGUAAAUAUACAUACAUACAUAUAUAUAUAUAUAUAUACACAUACAUAUACACACAUACAUAUAUAUACAAAAUAGACCGAUGUUUUUUGUAUGAAUUAAUUGAUAAAAUCAAUUAACGAACGAAUAAAUCAGUGUUUAGUUGAUGCUCAAACAACUGUACAGUUUAAAACCGCUAGUGCUGCCACAAAAGAUGGAAGAAACACAGUAGAACGGAACCGUGUAGGGCAAUGCACAUAUGGCGCCCUCAGGCAACAAUUGUGCUUUCGGCCACUGCGUGCUACUUGUAUGACAUGAGACCUCGCUAUCAGUUUUUGACCUUUUAGACCAGCAUCUGAUUUGUGACUGUGUCCCAAAGAGGCAUUCUUCGUCAUCAGUACCGUCGAUUCUCUGUCAGAUUUCCACUCUGAAUCUUCUCUCCCAACACUCUUUUCACCAAUACUUUUGAUCCCGUCUGAUGUUGUACUGGACAAAGCUUGGUCACAUUGUGGAGCAAGUCCUGGAAGUCCAA